UGCGCCGCCCGCCCGUGGCCUCUCGCUCGCAGGCUGUCCCCCCCGCCCCGCCGGCCCCGCGCCCUGGUCUCGCGCCAUGGCGGCCGCCGCCGAGGAGCCGUUCCCGUUCCACGGGCUCCUGCCCAAGAAGGAGACCGGCGCCGCCGCCUUCCUCGCCCGCUUCCCCGACUUUGACGGGCGAGGGGUGCUGCUGGCCGUGCUGGACACCGGCGUGGACCCCGGGGCGCCGGGCAUGCAGAUUACAACUGAUGGGAAACCGAAGAUAAUUGAUAUAAUUGACACCACAGGCAGUGGUGAUGUAACUACAUGUACCAUUGCAGAACCUAAAGAUGGAGAAAUUACUGGUCUUUCUGGAAGAAUUUUAAAGAUUCCAGCAAACUGGGUAAAUCCUUCAGGAAAAUAUCAUAUUGGCAUAAAAAAUGGCUAUGAUAUCUAUCCUAAAGCUCUUAAGGAGAGGAUUCAGAAAGAGCGCAAGGAAAAGCUCUGGGAUCCUGUUCACAGGCUGGCUCUAGCAGAGGCCUGUAGGAAACAGGAAGAAUUUGAUGCUGCUCAUAGCUCUCCCUCACAGGUAAAUAAGCUAAUAAAGGAAGAACUUCAAAAUCAAGUGGAAUUGUUGAAUUCUUUUGAGAAAAAAUACAGUGAUCCUGGUCCAGUAUAUGAUUGUGUAGUGUGGCAUGAUGGUGAGACCUGGAGAGCCUGCAUAGAUACAAGUGAGAAUGGUGACUUAACUAACUGUACAGUGCUGAGAACCUACAGAGAGGCCCAGGAAUAUGGAUCUUUUGGAACAUCUGAGAUGUUGAAUUAUUCUGUGAAUAUAUAUGAUGAUGGAAACCUCCUUUCCAUUGUGACAAGUGGAGGAGCACAUGGAACACAUGUGGCUAGUAUUGCAGCUGGAUACUUUCCAGAAGAACCAGAACGAAAUGGUGUGGCUCCUGGAGCUCAGAUUCUUGCAAUUAAGAUUGGUGAUACAAGACUAAGUACAAUGGAAACUGGCACUGGUCUAAUAAGAGCUAUGAUAGAAACAAUAAAGUACAAAUGUGAUCUCGUCAACUACAGCUAUGGGGAAGCGACACACUGGCCAAAUUCUGGGAGAAUUUGUGAAGUGAUUAAUGAAGCAGUAUGGAAACACAAUGUAAUCUAUGUUUCAAGUGCAGGAAAUAAUGGUCCUUGCCUUUCUACGGUUGGAUGUCCUGGUGGAACUACAUCUAGUGUAAUAGGUGUUGGUGCCUAUGUGUCACCUGACAUGAUGGUUGCUGAAUACUCUCUGAGGGAAAAACUGCCAGCAAAUCAAUACACUUGGUCAUCCAGAGGGCCUAGCACUGAUGGAGCCCUUGGAGUAAGUAUCAGUGCCCCAGGAGGUGCUAUUGCUUCUGUCCCAAACUGGACUCUGCGGGGAACACAACUCAUGAAUGGCACAUCCAUGUCUUCUCCCAAUGCAUGUGGAGGCAUUGCGUUAGUACUGUCAGGACUCAAAGCUAAUAAUGUUCAUUACACUGUUCAUUCUGUCAGAAGAGCAUUAGAAAACACUGCAGUGAAAGCUGAAAACAUAGAAGUAUUUGCACAAGGACAUGGUAUUAUUCAGGUUGAUAAAGCCUAUGACUACCUCAUUCAGAAUUCAUCAUUCACAAGUAACAUCGGCUUCACAGUUACUGUCGGCAGCAACCGUGGAAUCUACCUCAGGGAUCCAGCCCAGAUAGUGGCACCAUCUGAUCAUGGGGUUGGCAUAGAACCUGUCUUUCCUGAGAAUACAGAAAACACUGAAAGAAUAUCUCUCCAGCUUCAUUUAGCUUUAACUUCAAAUGCACCAUGGGUUCAGUGUCCUAGUCACUUAGAGCUCAUGAACCAGUGCCGGCACAUAAAUAUUCGUGUAGAUCCACGUGGCCUGAGAGGAGGAGUACAUUACACAGAGGUGUGUGGAUAUGAUACAGCAAUGCCUAAUGCAGGCCCUCUGUUCAGAGUUCCAAUCACUGUUGUUAUACCAACAAGAGUAGAUGAAUCAUCAAGCUAUGACCUAACAUACACAGAUGUUCAUUUUAAACCUGGUCAGAUCCGAAGGCACUUCAUUGAUGUUCCACAGGGAGCUACGUGGGCUGAAGUGACAGUGUGUUCGUGUUCAGCUGAGGUGACUGCCAAGUUUGUGCUUCAUGCCGUUCAGCUCGUGAAACAAAAAGCAUACAGGAGUCAUGAGUUCUACAAAUUUUCAUCCUUACCAGAAAAAGGCUCAAUUACUGAAGCAUUUCCUGUCUUAGCUGGAAAAACCAUUGAAUUUUGUGUUGCUCGGUGGUGGGCAAGCCUUAGUGAUGUUAGCAUUAAUUACACAAUUUCUUUCCAUGGUGUACUUUGUGGUGCUCCUCAACUAAACAUGCACGCUUCAGAAGGCAUCGUACGGUUUGAUGUUCAGUCCCUGCUGAAAUACGAAGAUAUUGCUCCAUGUAUAAAUCUGAAAAGCUGGGUUCAAACGCUCAGACCAGUGAGUGCAAAAAUAAAACCUUUGGGCUCCAGAGAUAUUUUACCAAAUAAUCGUCAACUGUAUGAGAUGAUUUUGACCUAUAACUUCCAUCAGCCUAAGAGUGGAGAAGUAACUCCAAGCUGUCCACUUCUUUGUGAAUUGUUGUACGAAUCUGAAUUUGAUAGUCAACUCUGGAUUAUUUUUGACCAGAACAAAAGACAAAUGGGUUCGGGAGAUGCCUAUCCACACCAGUAUUCUGUGAAGCUGGAAAAAGGAGAUUACACUAUUCGGUUACAAAUUCGUCACGAGCAGAACAGUGAGCUGGAUCGCAUCAAAGACCUGCCAUUUAUUGUUUCUCAUAGGUUGUCUAGUACCUUGAGCUUAGAUAUUUAUGAAAACCAUAGCCUUGCUCUCUUAGGGAAGAAGAAAUCCAACAGUUUGACAUUACCGCCAAAACACAGUCAGCCAUUCUUUGUUACAUCUCUGCCUGAUGACAAAAUACCUAAAGGAGCAGGACCCGGAUGUUAUCUUGCAGGAAGUCUUACUCUGUCUAAAACAGAACUUGGAAAGAAAGCUGGGCAGUCUGCAGCAAAGCGACAAGGAAAAUUUAAAAAGGAUGUCCUUACUGUUCAUUAUCAUCUGAUACCAUCACCAUCAAAGAGUAAAAAUGGCAGCAAAGAGAAAGAAAAAGAACAGGAAAAAGAAAAAGAUGCAAAAGAAGAAUUUGCUGAAGCUUUAAGAGACCUAAAAAUACAGUGGAUGACCAAGCUGGAUACCACUGACAUGUAUAGUGAGUUGAAAGAAGCAUUUCCUAAUCAUCUUCCUCUGUAUGUUGCAAGACUUCAUCAGCUGGAUUCUGAAAAGGAACGAAUGAAAAGACUUGAUGAAAUUGUUGAAGCUGCAAAUACAGUAAUCUCUCAUAUUGAUCAAACAGCAUUAGCAGUAUAUUUUGCCAUGAAGACUGAUCCCAGGCCUGAUGCAACUACUAUAAAAAAUGAAAUGGAAAAACAGAAGAGUACUUUAGUGGAUGCACUUUGUCGAAAGGGAAGUGCGCUGGCUGACCAGCUUCUUCAUCUGCAGGCCCAAGAAGGGGCUGCUUCCAGUGAUGCGGAAGGCAAAGAUGAGGAUCAUGAGAGCUGCUCAGAAGCUUUGACAGAAACAUUCUGGGAAACAACAAAAUGGACUGAUCUUUUUGACAGCAAGGUUUUGACUUUUGCCUAUAAGCAUGCAUUGGUAAAUAAAAUGUAUGGAAGAGGUCUCAAGUUUGCCACAAAACUUGCAGAAGAAAAGCCAACAAAGGACAACUUAAAAAACUGCAUUCAGCUAAUGAAGUUGCUUGGAUGGACUCAUUGUGCAACUUUCACUGCAAAUUGGCUUCCUGUGAUGUAUCCACCCGAUUAUUGUGUAUUCUAGAGAAUCAACAACUGUAAAAUUACAAUGAUUUUAUAUGGGACAGGAUAGGAAAAGAGAAGUUUGACUUUUUAUUCGAACGCAUGUUUUCAUUACUGAAUGCUGAUUAUUAAAUUGUGUGUAUUUAUCAGUAAAGGCACCUGGGUAUGGCUUAAUACCUGUUAACCUAACUCCUGUCAUCAGGGAGUUUCCUUAUUGUGCAUCCCAUUGCUGGCAAUGGAUGUGCCAGAACUGCCAACAUCAAGGAUUUGGAAUUAGUUUGGAAAGAAUUGCUGCAUGCAUGUUAUGUUCUGAAUUGUUACUUUUAACUGCAAACUGGUAAAAGUUCUGUAUUUUUUAUGGUACACUGAAUUUUAACAUGUUUGAUCUUAAUUUCAAUUGUAUGAAGGCCUUAAAGCUACUUCAAGAGUAGCUAAAAUCUUACUUAUUAGAUGAAAAUAAUGGACACCUGUAUUGUUUGCAAGAGUUUACAUUUAAUGUUUUUAAGAAAAAUUCAACCUCUCAAACUGUUGCAAUGUUUCUCAGAAUUCCUGAUGCAUAGGUACUCUUGUAAAUUUUCAGAACUCUUCAUUUUGGAGUGAUUUCAGGCAAACUCAGAAAUCCUGGUGAAGCUGACUAUGAUGACAGGC